AUGUGUGGCCGCACCGCAUGCACUCUUGCACCAGAUGAUGUGAGUAGAGCGUGUUCGUAUAAGGACAAGCAAGGCAAACGAAAAUGCCCUCAGUGGCGAGAUGGUGACAAUCAAAAAUACCAGCCAUCAUAUAACAAGACUCCCCAAUCCACCAGCCCUGUCCUCUUGUCUUUAAAGCAUUUUCAAAAGGUAAAAAUGAGUAGGAGAUGUGUCCGCUCAAUGAGAGCUUCCAGCAAACAGUUUGACUAAGUACAUUAGGGGGGAGUGGGGUACAUGGUUAUGUGGUUAUGGUUCUUGAAGUGUUACUUCAAGUCCCAUUUUUCCCAAAUUCAAAAAAUAUUUGCAUAAGUCUUUGACAGCAACCUAGAAUAUCUCAUCUAGUCCUCCUUUCCUGCGAGUUCUACUUUGUAAUAAAAAAUUCUCAAACAUCUACUCACAGAGGCAAAAGCAUUGAUCCUUCUACUUUGAAUCCACUAGCUUAUGAGUGACUAGACUGAGUAGGAAAAACGUGGUCCACAAAACGCAUAUCAUCAUCAUUAUGGUAGCUUAAAUGUUCUACUGGGAUCAGUUGCUAGAAUUUGACAUUAACUUUUGACAGUUAGGCGCACCAAAAGUUACAUGCUUUUUAUGUUAGAAAUGUUAGACCAAUCAUUAUGGCAGUUUGCCGACUAUGACUGUUGUUUUGAUGUGCUCCAACUCUACUUCAUGCUGUGUUUCCUUUUCUUUUUACCCUUUCUCCUCCUUUUUCUGUGUGCAGAUGCAUGUUUCAUACCAAACAUUUUGCAUUUUGUUACAGUGUAAACAUUGACUUAAAAGAUCUUGUGAAUGUGCCAUCUUCUUGCUCGUGUGUGAGAAGAUUUGCAGAGCAUCUUACGGGAUCUUCUAUAGAUUCCCAUUUGGUACUUCUGUGUGAGAGUACAAAGGUGAUGUGAAUCAUCGCAGCUUGAUAUUGAAGGGGAUUUUUGCAAAAAUUGUAGGAACCCAACCGAUGACAAGCAAGUUUAACAGUAAAUACAACAGCAGUUUUUUUUUUUGUGAGUACAGUAGUUGAGUCAUCUAAAAACUGAUACUAACUCUAGGUGGUAACCCACAAGGGCCAUAUGUGUUGAUCAUCUGGCUCAGUCAACUGUAUCAAGAGUAGUUGACUUCAUAUCAGAUAAGUUUAGUACGUUCAAACACCAAAUCUGCAAUCAUACAUUUUGAUAUAUAAAGCAUUCUUCUGAAUUUUAUUUAGUUGUGGUGUUUUAUUUAUUUUUUUAUUUGCUUGAUGUACAGAUGUAUAGGUUUUUUUUUUCCUUUGCAAAAAGGCUAAACUUGAUUAACGCAUAUCUCUUUUCAGCUAUAUAAUAUAGUUACACAUUUUCUCCUACUAUGCUAAGACUCAUAGCAUGAAAUAUAUAUUUGAUUUAAUUUUAACCAUGGUAUUCACUUUCCCCUUAGAAUUGAAUAGUGUCCACUGACAUGGAUACCAUGCAUUCAGAAGCGACAUCACAUUGACUUGUAAAAUGUUAAUAAAGAAUGCAAGUGAUUAGAGGCGCCAGCAUUUUUCACUUUUACAGGGACUUAGGGAGGAGAAUGUGUGAAAAUAAACAUGUUCUAUGUAUAUAUUAAAUAAUGGAAAAGCAAUAUUCAGGGAGAGUUAAGAUGGAGGGGAUGGGGGAAGGAUUGGUCUGCACUGUUGUAAUAUCAAGAUACAGUGACUAUCGUUGUUCGAUGUAUGCCUACCACAGAGACCCCAAAAUAUACUAUUUAUAACUGUUAUUGCCACACCUCUUGGGUUUGUGAUAAUGGUGCUCUAGUGCUUUAGAAUGUAAAUCUAAUCCACUGUCAGCCCAGUAAAAAGGUUCCAUUUAUAACUUUAUAAACCCAUACUUGUGACUACAGGAGUACAGCUGUGCCUUUGUUUACUCACUGAUAUCUCACAUGGAAACAGAGGAGAUGGGGGCAACAGCAAGGUUAUAGCAUCCUAGAGUACUACUAAAGAAAAGACUGCAAGCUCUUCUGGACAGAUAUAUCAAAGUUUGUUUCUUUUCUGUUAGGAUGCUGACUCUUCAGAGCGAGUUCUCGCUGCAAUGCGAUGGGGACUUAUACCGUCCUGGUUCAAUGAAGCAGACCCAUCCAAAAUGCAAUACAGUACGAACAACUGCAGGAGCGACACAAUGACGGAUAAAGUCUUGUACAAGGUAAUUUUAUUAUAGAUAUUUAUAUUUGGCUCUUACAUGUUAGUAAACCAAACCUAUGUUUGUUUGUUUUUUAAAGGAAAAUUAAAGGAACACUCUGGCCUCCUAAACAUGAUAAACGUUUAUAUGCAUUGGCCUACACACGCACAUCGUUACACUAUUGUAACAUAUAAUACCACCUUGUGCUUAAAAUAACAAAAACCUUUAAACCUAUCUCACACAUUACUAGCUUAUACUUAGUUUGGUAAAAUAUGAUAAAAUGGCCUUUUCUGAAAGUAUUGAUUUAAACACCUGUUUUACAAUGUACUCUUUGUACACUGUCUACAUUCACACUGGCAAUGCUGCAACUUUGCUUUCCUGGGUUGGCUUACUGAUCACUAUGCUUCAUCUGUGCCUUAUGGGAAUAGUGCAGUGAUACCUGGCGUGGCCCUGCAACUUUUGGGUUUAAUGCCCUGAUACUUGGCUGGACUACAUAGAUGGCUGGUUAGUCUGCUUCUACGUUGAAUGAAUGGACAAAACUGGAGAAUUUUCAUGUAACCUCUAUUAAUAAGAGCAUUUCUUUCCACCAUAAAGGAAAUCUUGAAAGGGAGUUUACCCCUCUUUUAUAGGUUUCAUUGGAUUACGUUUUCUAGAGCAUUAUGGUAAUUUAUAGUAAAGAUUUAACGGGAGAGACCGCAUUGGGUUUCCCUGUAAUAACUGGUGCCAUCUUACUUCCCUUAGGCUCCUCUAUUUAAAGGAAAACGUUGUGUGGUACUCGCAGAUGGAUUCUAUGAGUGGCAGAGACAGAAUGGAGAAAAGCAGCCUUAUUACAUAUACUUUCCUCAGAUCAAAGCAGAGCAGGUACCAAUUCAAUUUUCCUGUUUGAAAGUUAGCUUGGCUAAUGGUUUAGUUAUAUAUUUGUUUUGCGCUUGGCCUUGGCAUAACAAAGAUUCGUAAACUACAUUAUUUUCAUACUUUUGUCUUAAUUCUGUUCAUGAUUUUAUGGUCUCCUGACACACAGGAUGGGUUGUGCUGGGACGGCUGGAGACUGCUGACUAUGGCUGGACUCUUUGAUUGUUGGGAAGCACCCAAUGGAGAAUUGUUGUAUUCCUACACCAUAAUCACAGUGGAUUCUUCCAAAAGCAUGAACUGGAUACAUGAUCGGCAAGUAACUAUUUAAGUAUGGGGGAUGAAGAUUUAUUAGUGACAUCUAAUCAAAAUAGUUAUAUAUUGUAUGUCAUUUUCUUAAAUUUUAAGAAUAAAAAGAACCCAUCCAAGCAAAUAAUUGUCUUGGUAGGAGUAUGAAUCACGCACUUUUGGUUUGGCUGUGUCAUAUUUAAAACUGCUCCAGUGUUAUUCAAUAAAAUGAGAAUUCAUGGUGAACUUCUAAUUUACGGUCAAACAAGCCGUACUGGAAAAACUAUCUAGUCAAGCUUUCAGUUUGACUACUCUGGCCUUAAAUUUUAAAUUCAUUUAGAAUUCUCACUUUUGUAAAGGACCCUGCUGAUUUCUAUUAUGUUUGUACAACUAUAAUAGUAGUGAGAACUGCCAUGUUUUCUAUUUUUGAGUUUUGCUCAUCCGGAAACUUUCACCAUCACAGAGGUUUUGAAAGCAUGCUUCCUUAGCAAAUGUUGUACGCUAUACCCUCUAACACUUCUACUAGUGAAAGUGAAUGAUGACCCCAAGUAAUUUCUAUAGUCUUUUCUCUGUUCCGCUGGUAAGGUUUAAAGGUUAAAUCAGAGUUGGACAGAAUUUUUCUGUUUGAUUCACUGUUUGUUCAAGCAGAACCUGAUAGUUCCUCCACAAACCAAGCAGUCUUCAAUGCAUGAACUGCCAGGAGGUUUCACUUCCUUCCUAUGUACUAUUAUUUUAUUUCAUUGUCGUUCAGAUUUAAAUAUGGGAACAGCUGUUAUGUGGUUUGGUGUAUAGUAUUUGGCCUUAGAAACUGACUGUGUUUGAAUCAAACAUAUGCAGAUGAAAAGCAUGAUUGGCUUAAAAUCUCAAUUUAAAAUUUUUUUUUUCCCUCUUCAUUUUUGUAUAAGAAAAUCUGCUGAUUCUACUAGCCCCUCUUUCUGACAACGCAGGAAGACUUAUUCAUCAUGUUAAUUUGCCUUCAGUGGCACCCUCCUUUUUCAUAUAACUAAUUAAAUGUAAAAGUGGUAAUAUUUCACCCAGACCACUUUAUCUCAAUUAAAUGGUCUGGGCGCAGUGGUCCUGUCCUUUUUAGCCCUGCAAUGUAAAAUAUUUUUGUAGAAGCUGCAAUGUUUACUUUGCAGGGUUAAGUCCACAUCUAGUAGCUGCCAUACUGACAGCCAUAAGAGGCGCUUCAUAAUUUUACGUGUGGUGGAGGUACCCCCAUAGGAGAGGAUUGAUUCUAUAGUUUCCUAUGGGGCAACUUGCAUAUGCGUAAGAUCCCCAUUACUCCUCUAUGAGAAGCAAAUAAACGUACCAUUGUGGAGGAAGCCAUGCCUCCUUUGUGGUGUCGCUGGAGAUGAAGAGGCAAACAGCGCAGAGGGAAUCAGAAUAGAUCUAGGGUCAGGGCAACUAAAGCAUUAGGUGUACAGGUUUGUAUUCCUUAUGCUAUAGCUUUUAACUUUAUGCAUAAAUCAAUAUUCUAGAUAUGCCAGGUCUAUGAAGAGACUCGUUGAUUAUUACUUCUUUAUACAUCUUAAAUUCAUGUUACUUAAGAGAAGUUGUGAAACUGAUGUUCUUGUGAACUUUAUCUCAUGGGCUGCAGAGCAAGAGGUCGGUCAUUAGAAAUUGUAAAACCAUUCUUAAACGAUUUCACUACUUAUACUGCGAGGGCAGCAGGACUUUUCUGGCACCAUAACCUCUACAGGGGCUGUAAUGGUUAUGGUGCUUGGAAAGGUUGUAUUUUAUAUACAGUGUGUGGAAAAACUAGAGCUUAUUCAUCAUAGAACAGACUUAUUACAUUUUAUUCAAAUAUAGCAGACUUAGAAUAAUACUCCGACUCCAUAGUCACAGCUUGGCUAUUGUAGCCUAACUUUAGUAAUUAGUUUUUUGUUUCACUACACUAUAGAGAAUCUACACUGUAUAUUGAGACACUUCUUGAAGGCUUAUUAAACUCUAAAGAUAUGGAUUCUAUUCUCUACAGCAGGCGUCUUAAAUCUAAAGAAAAAUUAUUUAUGUGCUUGUGUGAUGCUGCUUUUAUAGAGAAUUCUUGUAAUUAAUAAAUUUAUAUUUAUCAAACAUAUUUUUAUCCCUGCUCUCAGAAUGCCUGCUAUUUUGGAUACUGAUGAGGCUAUUCAGAAGUGGCUGGAUUUUGCUGAAGUACCAACUCAAGAAGCCCUGAAACUUAUUUAUCCAAUUGAAAAUGUCACCUGCCACCCAGUGUCGCCUAUCGUGAACAAUUCCCGUAACAAUGUCCCAGAGUGCAUUUCACCUAUUAUUUUAAACCAAAAAAAGGUAGUGAUUUUUUUUUUAAAAAAACAUAUAAUUAAAGCAGUAACGGUUGUUGCGCGUUAAAAAAUGCCUGUGUAUAUUUCUCACACUUCAAGAAACUGUCAUGCAAAUACCUCCUAACUUUCAACUUAAUGCCCAGCUGCCUUAGCUGCAAUAAAAAAACUUCAUAUUUUAUAUUACAUUAUCAACAAUUUUACUUUUAAAUGUUUACGUUUUGUGCUUGACAAACCACUGUCAAAAAUUAUUUAUUUCAUGCUUUGGUGUUUUUAACAUGCAUAUUUGGUUUUCACUUUGAAUUUCACAAGAUGUCUGUGUCCCACAACUGUGGAAAACCUGUGAUUAGUAUAUAUGUUUUACUUCAUCUAAGUACAACAAUACCACACAUGUAUACCUAACAGACAUGCCCAUUUUCUUACUUCCAUGAGAUGAUAUGUGGGGAAGUGACUAACUGUGCCACCAUAGUUUACAGCAUCAAUGUUGGCCUCAUUUCUAACCUUAACUCCACCCUCUAAGCACCAAAACAACUUUAGCUUAAUUAAGCAGUAUUGGUGUAUAGACUUCCUCUGCAGUUUCCCUGCUCAGUUCUCUGCUAUUAAAGAGUUCUAAUUCUUACAUUUUCUUUAUUUUUUCGGCUCUGCUAAUAGCCUGUAGGAUCUUCUUGUGUGUCAUUAAAGAUCAAUUAACAGAGUAGAUACAAAGUACUGUAAGAUCUGGCUGAAAAUUAAGCCAUUUUUUUUUUCAAGCAGACUGUGAGCGUCACGGGAGGUGUGGCUAGGGCAGUAUAAACAGAAACAAAAGUGAUAUAACUCCUAAAUAGCAGAGUACUGAGCAUUCAGAUUAUAGGAGUAUUAUCUGUACACCUAAGCGGCUUCAUUAAGAUAAAGUUGUUUUGGUGCCCUGACCAUCCCUGUACCCUUAAGUUAACCCUAAAUCUAAUGCAGAGGGAUAUAAUUGCUGACAUCGGCGGAUGGAUUUUCUCUGCUUACACAGAACAGUAGGUCCUGUACUGUGUGAUUGCAGCAUGGGAGGGAGAUCUAUCUCUCAUGCUGCAGAUUAAUGCUGUCCCUAUCAGUCGCCCAGUGACUAGUGCUGGACAGGAUAAACAACCCAGCUAUCAUCAUUGUUGGCAGAGAAACAUGAAUAUAGACCCAGUCGGGCUCUUUUCAGAGCCCAUGUGUCAUCCUCUCUCUGUGAGAUCUCUGGAUUCUGAAGGAAUUAUGGUAGCUUAAUGCAGUCAUUGGCCAUAGUGAUUUUAAAGGGCUGUGUGUCCUUGCUCUCUUUGAGAACUACACUCAGCUCAUCAGGUAGUGUUGGGACCCCAGCUUGGAGCCCCAGGUGACAAAGGAUACCUGGGUCUUCCAGUGUGUCAACAGGGAUCUGGACCUGCUGGCACCUUAAAUGAACAUUCAAAAUACCUAAAGCAUUUUAGCUUGCUGAUGUUUCAAUUUCAAUUGAAAUUGGCGUUUUUAUGAAUUAACUUUGUCCCAACCCCCUGGCUAUCAAUAAGACAACAGGUCCUGUUACUUCCUGGUUCUUUAGCUUGGUUAAGCUAAACUCCAGAGGCAUGCAAUUACUCAAAGCACGUGCCUUGCUACAUUGGAAAGUGUGUAAUUAGACAGCAAAGCAGGCUGGGGAAAAAAGGGGAGGGCAUGCAAAGGCUGCAGACGAGAGUCUGCAGCUUUUGCAAGUUGUUUUUAGAUAGAUAUAUGCCUAAAAUGUACACAAUUCACAAUUGAGGGUAUAUGUACUAAAUAUUGAUAUUUAUUUAACAUGAUAAUAAUGAAGUUAUUGUUAUCCAUGACUACUGUAUGAAUGUGUUGGCCGCUUUUCAAUAUUGUUUGUGCUUUCUUCUCCAUCUCCAGGAACCUACAUUAAGUGCCAGUGGUAAAAAAAUGUUGGAAUGGUUGCAAAAUAAAUCUCCAAAGAAGGAACAAUCCAGCAUUUUUAAAUCCUCUCCCAAGCUCUCUAAAUUUGCCACAUCGCCCAAAAAAACUAGUGCAAGUUUAAUGCACCAGUGGUUAAAAAAAGAUGAUGAUGCUCCAUCUCCAAAAAGACCAAAGAAAUGA